GCCGACGCGUUUUGCUGUAGAUACAAAGUUAGUCGCUGUGUUGCUCGGGAUCCUCGGAGGACCGAGCCCGGGUGAUUUCCGUGACUACAGACGCGCUACACCCGACCUCUCCCUCUCCCGGGAGGGAAAGAGAGGAGGAGGAGGAGUGGCGCGACACUCCCACCUGUUCGCUUCAUCCCUCUUUUCGGUAAAACCGGCUUCGCGGGAGAGACGGAGGACAGAGAAACGGCAGGCGCGCGCGACCGCUCUCCAGCCGACCGCUCAGGGAUUUACCGAGUCCUCCGCAAAACCUCAAACAUUUGACUAAAGGUGUCAUAUCCAUCCAAUAAAAAUGGGUUGCUUUGGCUUUUUGAAAACGAUGAUGUUUCUCUUCAAUGGUAUCAUCUUUCUGGCAGGAGCGGCUAUUCUCGGUGUGGGGAUCUGGGUGAAGGUGGACAGCGGGUCUGUCUUGGGCGUCCUGCAGAACAUACAAGGAGCUCCAGGCGAGCUGGGGCAGGUGCUGAACGUGGGGUACCUCCUCAUCGCGGUGGGCGCUGUGCUGGUCAUCCUGGGCUUCUUGGGCUGCUGCGGAGCGAUCAGGGAGAGCAGGUGCAUGCUGCUGCUGUUCUUCAUCAUUAUUCUGAUUGUGUUCAUCGCCGAAGUCGCUGGAGCGAUUGUGCUGCUGGUCUUCAAGCCUCUGGCCGAAAACCUGAUAAAACAGGUGGGAAAUGAAGUCGUGAAAAGCAUGAAGAAUGAGUACGGGAAAAAUAAGGACGUCACUGGACUUUGGAACACGACCAUGACCACGCUGAAGUGCUGUGGAUUCAACAACUACACAGAUUUCACUAACUCUUUCUAUGUGAACGACACCAGGAGCUACCCAUUUCAGUGCUGCUCCAAAGCUCCGUGCACCGAGAUCACCGCGUCAAACUCGACUGUACCGGGCUGUUUCCUGGCGCUGAAGAAGCUGGUAGAUGAUAAUGCGGUGAUCAUCAUAGCCGUGGCGCUAGGAAUCGCUGCUCUUGAGCUGGCAGCGAUGAUCGUCUCCAUGAUCCUGUACUGUAGAAUCGGAUCAAAACACGGUUAACGUCUCUCCUUUGGCUUGAAUACAUCUCUUAUGACUCCUUCGGGUUACCGAGGACGAGGCGGAUCAUCCGUGAUAAUAUCACUGACUUUAUCGAUGACUUUUUCAACCAUUUCAAAUCGUAUCAACAUUGCAAAAAAACACACACACACACAAAAAAGUGAGUUCAGACUGUUAAGCCUUAACUUUGACUGCAAACAUGAGUUAUGAGAUAUGCCAUUAUAUCUGAUCUGUUUAAUGCAUUAACGCUUAAUGUAUCCGAUACUUUUUUUACUUCGCCUAUGCAAGAUGCCUUCUUAUUUAAAUGCGAAACGCCUCGUCUAAUUGCAUAUCACACCGGAGGCGUUAUUUAAUAAUUCUGAACACGGCCGGGGUUUUCCUCCGCUGACGUCACACGCCGUAAAAAGACCAAAUGUUUUCUAACACACGUCGCCGACUGUAAUUUAUUGUAAACUUUUUACAAACCAAAAGCCACUUCGACGAAUGUGUAAUAAAGAAAAAAUGUUUUAUUUUAAAAUCUGUUAUGUAUAAAGUAUUUUACAAAAACAAAAAAAGAAAAAAAAAUUCCAGGAUGUUGCUGAAAUGUUAGAUGCAAGAUGUUUAUUUUGACAAUAACUAUAAAGACAAUGUUUCAA